UCCCAAAUCUCCGUUCCUGCACAGCUUUGGUUUCGAUUCUGUUUUCUCUUGCUCGGUUGCUUUAACUGCGGGCGAUUUGGAUCGAUUGAUCGGUCGCGGAUGAACAUGGUUUCUGCGGAAUUCAAAUCUAGUUAAAUUUUUGCGGGUAGCUUGGCGGCACGAGUGCACGACGAUGGAAGGAGGGAAGGACAAGCACAACGAGACCGACAAGGGCCUCUUCUCGAACAUGAUGUGUGGCGGUGGUGGCCGCUAUGGGUACGCGUCGCAAGGAUAUGGGUACCCGCAUCAGGGAUACGGAUACCCUCCUCAAGGGUAUCCGCCACCAGGUGUGGCGGUACCCUACCCUUCACCUUGCGCUCCACAGUACGCAUACCCUCCGUCCGGUGGAUAUCCACCUCACGCGCACGGUGGGUAUCCACCCGCAGGGUACCCCGGUUCAUACCAAGGCUACGGGAGCAGCCACGGCGGGGGACACAUGGGAGUACCAUUGCUAGCCGGAGGCGCCGCGGCGGCUUACGGAGCGCACAAGCUUUCUCAUGGAGGUCAUGGCGGACACAUGGGCUAUGGAGGCUAUGGUGGUUUCAGCCAUGGCCAUGGUUACGGCCAUUACGGGCACCACCACCAUGGAAAGCACCACGGCAAGUAUAAGCAUCACGGUUACCACGGGCACCACCAUGGAUUCGGCAAGCACAAGCAUGGACGGCUCUUCAGGAGGUGGAAGUGAUCGAUCGAUGUGCCAGCCUACAUAUGCAUAUAUGAUGGUGCAUGUAAAACUUUCACAUAAUUUGGGCAGUAAGGUUUGCUAAUAAGAUACACUGUACAACAGAAUAAAUUACCAGCCUGUUUGUUGGCUGCAGAUACACGAUAUCCUUGCAUUGGUUACGACGGAUCAUUUGUUUCUCCGUGGUCAAUACUGAUAUACCUACGGAAUUAUGCAAAUAUCAGAGUCCUAACACAGACUCA